AUGCCGCCGCGAAUCAAUUGCUCGGCGCGGAGCAGUGUCAGUCGAGCGCUUCAAAGGACGAGUUAUCAAAAGCCUACGGUUAUCUUACUACAAAGCUCGAGGGGCGCAUCUAGACGCUAUGCGAGCGCCUCCGCUUCUCCCAUACCCGUUGGGGCCUUAAGACUUCCCGAUGAUUAUAUUCCGCCGACGCAGCCCCCGAGCGCGAGACGACCCGACCAGCGAAAAUCACAACUACUCAGAUCUUAUACGGCUCUGCUUCGUUCGACACCCCUAAUCCUAUUCUUCCAACAUAACAACCUUACCGCUAUAGAAUGGGCUGCUAUCCGGCGAGAACUGCGCGCGGCCCUUGCUAAGGUUCCGGCACCUGCCGUCGGGCUAGGCGAUAGCAGCAGCAGUAUACCUAUGGAUAUUUCGUCGAACAUCGAGCUGCAAGUUCUUCGUACGCGCAUCUUUAACGUCGCUUUUAAGGUGGUCGAGUUCUUCGACGCUAGCGCGCAGAAAACCAAGUCCAACGCUUACAUGCACGACCUAUCCUCUACAGCAUAUAAGGCUAUCAACCAGGCCGCCACCGCCGUCGAUGAGUCUUCGGCGUAUUAUCAGGUUUCCCCGCUGCUUGUCGGACCCGUUGCCGCUAUCACUUUCCCGGCUGUCUCUCCGGCUCAUCUGGCGGCCGUGCUAUCAGUACUAUCGCCUUCGCCCCCAGCGUUCCCUGCACCCUCGCGAAAGAAGAAUCCGGGAUACUACGAUAAUACGGCGCAGAGCGGGCUGCAGAAGUUACUCCUAAUAGGUGGCCGUAUAGAGGAUCGGGUAUUCGACCAAGAGGGCGUUAGAUGGGUUGGCGGUAUCGAGGGCGGCGUCGACUCUCUAAGGGCACAGCUUAUUGCCAUGCUCCAAAGCGCCGGGCUAGGUCUUACGACAGCGCUGGAAGGACAUAGCAAGGGAUUGUGGCUUGCGUUAGAGGGCAGAAGGACGCAGCUUGAAGAGGAGGCCAAUGGAGGUACUAAGAAGGAAGAGACAAACGAAUAG